GAGAAUAAAAAUCCAAAAACGUGUAUAUAACGCUAUCAGAGAGUGCAAGCUCAGUUCCUACUGCUUACUCUCCUCUUCCAUUUGCAGAUCUCAUUUUUCAAUCACCGUUUCAUUGAGGGUUUUAAUUUCUGUUUGAGAAAUUUCAUAUCAUGGGUCGUGGAGUUAGCAGCGGAGGAGGGCAAAGUUCAUUGGGCUAUUUGUUUGGGAGUGGAGAGGCUCCAAAAGCUUCCAGCAACGACGCGCAACCUGCUCCAAUUGAUGCCCCAGUUGUAAACAUUGUGCCUCCGUCGAAACCUGCUGCUGCUCCUGAACCAGGAGAGGUCAUCAAACAGAUUCCUGCUGGUCUUAAUAGCACUUCUUCAAACAACUAUAUGCGUGCUGAUGGCCAGAACACUGGAAACUUUCUCACGGAUCGACCUUCAACCAAAGUCCAUGCUGCACCCGGUGGGGGAUCUUCUCUGGGAUACCUUUUUGGUGGCGGUAGUAACUGAGAUAUACCUGAACCUCUUCAUGUUGGAUGUGCCCUUUUUUUGAUUCUUAUUUUGGAUGAAGCAAUGCUCUCAUCUCUGUUAUCAUCAAAGAAAAGUUGAAGGAUGAUGUGAUGUAAUAUAUAGGUGGUGCUGCUGUUUGGAUUAUUCAAUUAAAUAUCAAUGGAUUUUAUAUUUGUCUCCCAA